AUGGUCGAGCAAACACUGGACGGCAAGGUCGCCAUCAUCUCAGGCUCCAGCUCAGGCAUCGGCGCCGCAAUCGCACGCGAGCUCUCCGCUCGUGGCGCAACCAUUGUCAUCAACUACCCUUUUCCCUCGCUCUCCAAUGAAGCACAGGGCGUCGUCUCCAGCCUGGCCCUAUCGGACCGCGCCAUCGCUGUGGAAGCCGACAUCUCGACGACAACGGGGCCAGGCACGCUGGUCGAAGCAGCUGUUGCUGCCUUUGGGCGUGUGGACAUCGUUGUCAACAACGCAGCCCUAGCCAUCAACCUGCCGUUCGAGGAGCAGACCUUAGCCCAUUGGGACUCGCUGGUUAAUCUCAACGCGCGCGGCACCUUCCUUCUGACGCAAGCAGCGCUGAAGCACAUGUCCGGAAAAGGAUCAUCGCCCGCAUACAGUCGCAUCGUCAAUGUCGUUUCCGUCUCAGCACGCGCAGCGCCGCCGCUCCAGACCAUCUAUGCGGGCACCAAAGGCAUGGUCGACUCCUUUACGCGCUGCUGGGCCAAGGAGCUGCCACCAAAGUACCCGGGUCUGACCGUCAACGCCGUCAGCCCCGGUCCAACUGUAACGGAGGGCUUUCUAGCUGCUGGUGAGGAGGCAAUGAAGGUGCUGCAGCCAACGAUUGACGCCACGCCUGUGGCCAAGCGCAUGGCUGAUCCCAGCGAGAUUGCGUACGCGGUUGCAUUCCUGUGCGAGGAGAAGGCAAGGUGGAUCAACGGGGAGCACCUGUUUGCCAAUGGUGGUCUCUUCGUGGACUGA